AGGAAGAAUAUUUUAGAUAGAAUAAACCCUACAAAGGAGGACUCCAGGGGACACAAUGAGGAUGGUGUUUUCAAGUAUUCAGAAUAUGCAGAUGCUAAACUAUAACCCAAAAAUGGCAGAACUCUUUAUGGAAUGUGAAGAAGAAGAGCUGGAACCGUGGCAGAAGAAAGUAGAAGAAAUUCUGGAUGAAGAUGAUGAUGAGCUGAUUUUUGUUGGAGAGAUAUCAAGUUCAAAACCAGCCAUUUCAAAUAUUUUGAACAGAGGUAACCCCAGCUCAUCUUCAAAGGGAAUAAAGAAUGAGACACUUACUCAAGGUGUUACUGAUCCAUUCAAGCCUACAAGUCAACACUGCAAAGAUCCAACAUCAAAUCCAGUGGCUGCCUUGCCUAGAUUUCAUCCUGAAUCUAAAUCUUCACAGAAUUCUGUUAUUGUUCAGAACGUGUCUAAACCUGAUUUUACAAAGAAUUCAUUACAAGUUGAAUCGGAUGAUUCUUCAGACUUACUAUUUGACUUGACCCAGGAUACAAUUCCACUGUCCCAAGAGGGAUCAACAAUUUAUAUAGAAGGUAUAGAUCAAACUCUGCCUAUAUUAAAACGUUCUUCUGCUUCUAAAGUAAACAGUGUUACUCCAAAAAAGCCAAAGACCAGCGAAAGUGUUUCUGAAAUAAGUCCUUGUGCUUCACUGUCUCUAACUAACUCUCCUCCAGUGACAUCUUCCCAUGUUAUGAUAUCAAAAGGUACAAAUACCUCAUCAGCUCACUAUAAAACUGGAACACCUUUUCUAAGAUCUUGUCCAAAGUGCAAUGUAAAGUUUAAUCUUCUGGAUCCUUUGAAAUAUCACAUGAAGCGUUGUUGUCCAGACAUGGUAAACAAAUUUUUGGAAAUGAUUAAAGCAGAACUUGCAAUUACUGAAAAUAAAAAGACUGGUGCAGAGAAAGGAAAAUUGAUCAUGUUAGUUAGUGACUUUUACUAUGGAAGACAUGAAGGAGCUGUUGAUGAUGAACAGAAGACUUACACAACCUUUAAAUGCUUCAGUUGCUUGAAAGUUCUUAAAAACAAUAUUAGGUAUGUAAAUACUUAUUUCUCUUUCCAUCUGAAAACUGGGAUGCAACUGAUGUAA